AGCAACAUGGCCGCUACCCAGCGAGCGUAGCCGGUGUCUGGCGGGAGCUGGCCUUGGGAGUGAUUUGGCGGCCGGGGUCGCGUGGGAGGGCAGAGUCCGGGGCCGAGUUCUGAGGCAGCGCGCGGCCGCAGAGCGAGGCGGGAGGACUCGGAAACUCGUGGUCCAUGAUCCGGCGGCGGGGUCUACGCGGAGCCGCAGACUCCCCGGGCCUUAGUACGGUCCCGGCAGCCGCGGGCUAAGGAGUCUCGAGGCUCCCGAGCUGCCACUAUGAACCCCGAGAAGGACUUCGCGCCGCUCACUCCUAACAUCGUGCGUGCCCUCAAUGACAAACUAUACGAAAAGCGGAAGGUGGCAGCGCUGGAGAUAGAGAAGCUGGUACGGGACUUCGUGGCCCAGAACAACACUGUUCAAAUCAAGCAUGUGAUCCAGACCCUGUCUCAGGAAUUUGCCCUGUCUCAGCACCCCCACAGCCGGAAAGGGGGCCUCAUCGGCCUCGCUGCCUGCUCCAUUGCCCUGGGCAAGGACUCAGGGCUCUACCUGAAGGAACUGAUUGAGCCCGUGCUGACCUGCUUCAAUGACGCAGACAGCAGGCUGCGCUACUAUGCUUGCGAGGCUCUCUACAACAUCGUCAAGGUGGCCCGAGGUGCUGUGCUGCCCCACUUCAAUGUCCUCUUUGAUGGGCUGAGUAAGUUGGCUGCUGACCCAGACCCCAAUGUGAAAAGUGGAUCUGAGCUCCUAGACCGUCUUUUAAAGGACAUUGUGACUGAGAGCAACAAGUUUGAUCUGGUGGGCUUUAUCCCCUUGUUGCGGGAGAGGAUUUACUCCAAUAACCAAUAUGCCCGGCAGUUCAUCAUCUCCUGGAUCCUGGUUCUGGUAUCUGUGCCAGAUAUUAACCUGCUAGAUUACCUGCCGGAGAUCUUGGAUGGACUCUUCCAGAUCCUCGGCGACAAUGGCAAAGAGAUUCGGAAAAUGUGUGAGGUGGUUCUUGGAGAAUUCUUGAAAGAAAUUAAGAAGAACCCCUCUAGUGUGAAAUUUGCUGAGAUGGCCAACAUCCUGGUGAUCCACUGCCAGGCCACAGAUGACCUGAUCCAGCUGACAGCCAUGUGUUGGAUGCGUGAGUUCAUCCAGCUGGCUGGCCGGGUGAUGCUACCCUAUUCUUCUGGGAUCCUGACUGCUGUUCUGCCCUGUCUGGCCUAUGAUGACCGCAAAAAAAGCAUCAAGGAAGUAGCCAAUGUGUGCAACCAAAGCCUGAUGAAGCUGGUCACCCCUGAGGAUGAUGAGUCAGACGAGCCAAAGCCAGUAGCUCAGAGACAGACAGAACCCAUCCCUGAGGACUCCUUGCCAAAGCAGGAGGAGACAGCCAUGGGAGGUCCAGAUGGUUCUUGUGACUCCAGCUGUGGGAGCGGCAUCAGUGUCUUCACACCAGCCAGCACUGACAGAGCCCCAGUGACCCUGCACCUUGAUGGGAUCGUGCAGGUCCUGAACGGACACCUCAGUGAUACGGCCAUUGGGAUGAUGACCAGGAUCGCUGUCCUGAAGUGGCUCUACCACCUAUACAUCAAGACCCCCCGCAAGAUGUUCCGGCACACAGACAGCCUCUUCCCCAUCCUGCUUCAGACACUGUCAGAUGAAUCCGACGAGGUUGUCCUGAAGGAUCUGGAGGUGUUGGCAGAAAUUGCUUCCUCCCCUGCAGGCCAGACGGAUGACCCAAGCCCAUCUGAUGGCCCUGAUUUCCAAGUCAGCCACUUGGAACUUCAUGUGCCCACCCCCGGUAGAGCCAGCCUGCUGAAUCCUCCCAGUACCAAAGGCUUAGAGUGUUCUCCUUCUACUCCCACCAUGAACUCCUACUUUUACAAGUUCAUGAUCAACCUUCUGCAAAGGUUCAGCAGCGAACGGAAGCUCCUGGAGGUCAGAGGCCCUUUCAUCAUCAGGCAGCUGUGUCUCCUGUUGAAUGCAGAGAACAUCUUCCACUCAAUGGCAGACAUCCUGCUGCGGGAGGAGGACCUCAAGUUUGCCUCCACCAUGGUGCACACCCUCAACACCAUCCUUCUCACCUCCAGUGAGCUCUUCCAGCUGAGAAACCAGCUCAAGGACCUGAAGACUCUGGAGAGCCAAAACCUCUUCUGCUGCCUCUACCGCUCCUGGUGCCACAACCCAGUCACCACCGUGUCCCUCUGCUUCCUCACCCAGAACUACAGGCAUGCCUAUGACCUCAUCCAGAAGUUCGGGGACCUGGAGGUCACCGUGGACUUUCUCACAGAAGUGGACAAACUGGUGCAACUGAUCGAGUGCCCCAUCUUCACUUAUCUGCGCCUGCAGCUGCUUGACGUGAAGAACAACCCAUACCUGAUCAAGGCCUUGUACGGCCUGCUCAUGCUGCUGCCCCAGAGCAGCGCCUUCCAGCUGCUAUCUCACCGGCUCCAGUGUGUGCCCAACCCUGAACUGCUGCAGACCGAAGACAGUCUGAAGGUGGUCCCCAAGUCCCAGAAAGGUGACUCGCCCAGCAUCGACUACACAGAGCUGCUGCAGCACUUUGAGAAGGUCCAGAACCAGCACCUGGAAGUAAGGCACCAGCGGAGUGGGCGCGGUGACCACCUGGACCGAAGAGUUAUCCUCUGACACACCUGGCGUGGAGUAGGGGCCCAUGAAAUACUCAGGGUCUCCAGGCUGACACCCGGAGGAGCUUGAGGACCCACCACAGCGGCAGGGCUGGACCUGACCACCAGCCCAGGGCAGGGAGGGGGACAGGCUGCUUUGUCCACUGCAGCUCCUCCCAGUCCCCAGGACUGUCAGUUGCACCCUGGCAUCCCUCCAUGGUGGGACCACCUCUUCAGAAGCGCUUCAUCUUCUGAACAGUCUCUAAUCCCCCCUUGUGAGAAGAGCUUGACCUUAGCCUGGUGUGUACAUGUGGAAACGUGUGUGUGUGUACAUCUGUGUGAAUAAUGUACGGGGACCAGCACAAAGAUCUCUAUGGAAUGGUUUCCCAUCCAGUCCCUGCCCAAUAAAGAAAUGAAUGAGAGAAACCUUAA